GCCCCUGGGGCCGGCGGGCGCUCGGGCGUCUGUGGCCCUUGCCGUCGCAGUGGCCGCCGCCGUCGCUUGGUCCCCGUCGGUCUGCGGGAGGCGGGUUAUGGCGGCGGCGGCAGUGGGAGCUGUGAAUGAAUUCUCCGGGUGGACGAGGGAAGAAGAAAGGCUCCCGGGGCCCCAGCAGCCCGGUGCCUCCCAGGCCUCCGCCUCCUUGCCUGGCCCCCGCCCCUCCCGCCGCCGGGCGGGCCUCUGCGCGCGAGUCGCCGCAUAAGCAGAACCUGUAUUACUUCUCCUACCCGCUGUUCGUAGGCUUCGCGCUGCUGCGUUUGGUCGCCUUCCACCUGGGGCUCCUCUUCGUGUGGCUCUGCCAGCGCUUCUCCCGCGCGCUCAUGGCAGCCAAGAGGAGCUCCCGGGCCGCUCCGGCGCCGGCCUCGGCCUCGCCCCCGGCGCCGAUGCCGGGCGGUGAGGCCGAGAGCGUCCGAGCCUUCCACAAACAGGCCUUCGAGUACAUCUCCAUUGCCCUGCGCAUCGAUGAAGACGAGAAAGCAGGACAGAAGGACCAAGCUGUGGAAUGGUAUAAGAAAGGUAUUGAAGAACUAGAAAAAGGAAUAGCAGUCAUAGUUACAGGACAAGGUGAACAGUGUGAAAGAGCUAGACGCCUUCAAGCUAAAAUGAUGACAAAUUUGGUUAUGGCUAAGGACCGUUUACAGCUUCUAGAGAAGCUGCAACCAGUUUUGCCAUUUUCCAAGUCACAAACGGACGUCUAUAAUGACAGUACUAACUUGACAUGCCGAAACGGACAUCUCCCCCAGUCAGAAAGUGGAGCUGUUCCAAAAAGAAAAGAUCCCUUAACACACACUAGUAAUUCACUGCCUCGUUCAAAAACAGUUAUGAAAACUGGAUCCACAGGUCUUUCAAGCCACCACAGGGCACCUAGUUGCAGUGGUUUAUCCAUGGUUUCUGGAGUAAGACAGGGACCUGGUCCUGCAGCUGCCACUCAUAAGGGUACUCCUAAAACAAGUAGAACAAAUAAACCUUCUACCCCUACAACUGCUCCUCGGAAGAAGAAAGACUUGAAGAAUUUUAGGAAUGUGGACAGCAACCUUGCUAACCUUAUAAUGAACGAAAUUGUGGACAAUGGAACAGCUGUUAAAUUUGAUGAUAUAGCUGGUCAAGAGUUGGCAAAACAAGCAUUACAAGAAAUUGUUAUUCUUCCUUCUCUGAGGCCUGAGUUGUUCACAGGGCUUAGAGCUCCUGCGAGAGGAUUGUUACUCUUUGGUCCACCUGGAAAUGGGAAGACAAUGCUGGCUAAAGCAGUAGCUGCAGAAUCUAAUGCAACCUUCUUUAAUAUAAGUGCUGCAAGCUUAACUUCAAAAUAUGUGGGAGAAGGAGAGAAAUUGGUGAGAGCUCUUUUUGCUGUGGCUCGAGAACUUCAACCUUCUAUAAUUUUUAUAGAUGAAGUUGAUAGCCUUUUGUGUGAAAGAAGAGAAGGGGAGCAUGAUGCUAGCAGACGUCUAAAAACUGAAUUUCUAAUAGAGUUUGAUGGUGUACAAUCUGCUGGAGAUGACAGAGUACUUGUAAUGGGGGCAACUAACAGGCCACAAGAACUUGAUGAGGCUGUUCUCAGGCGUUUCAUCAAACGGGUAUAUGUGUCUUUACCAAAUGAGGAGACAAGACUACUUUUACUUAAAAAUCUGUUAUGUAAACAAGGAAGCCCAUUGACGCAAAAAGAACUAGCACAGCUUGCUAGAAUGACUGAUGGAUACUCAGGAAGUGAUCUGACAGCUUUGGCAAAAGAUGCAGCACUGGGUCCUAUCCGAGAACUGAAGCCAGAACAGGUGAAGAAUAUGUCUGCCAGUGAGAUGAGAAAUAUUCGAUUAUCUGACUUCACUGAAUCCUUGAAAAAGAUAAAACGCAGCGUGAGCCCUCAAACCUUAGAAGCAUACAUACGUUGGAACAAGGACUUUGGAGAUACCACCGUUUGAGGAUAUACCUUUGUUAGCCUGCAGAACAUUUUACUUAACAAGAGAGAAACACACAGUCUUCAGUGAACAGUUAUCAGCUACAGAAAUGCAGCCUAAGUUUACAGGACUUUGCAAAGUCUUACAUAUUUGUGCACCAAACUUGAACCAGAAAACAAAUUUAAAUAAAAUAUACAAUGCGAGUGGAAUAUUUUGUUGUUUAAGGCUUUCUUGCCUUGAUGAUCAUGGUUAUCCCAGUGAGCACUGUAAGUUAGAGCACAACACAAACUGAUUCUGGUCUUCUUUACCAAUAUAAUCAUAAUGUAAAUAAUAAUUUGUAUAUCAUGUUGCAGAUUAAGGUAUUCCAGAGACAGUGAAUGGUAGAAGACACAAGAGGCUUUGGUUGUUUGUCUUCUGGCGUUUUUUCUUAAAAUAGUAAUUUUUCCUACUUUUCUUUCCUACUGUUGUCUUAACUGUGGGUGAUUGGAAUGCCAGACACUUAAGUUUCUUUUUUGUUUCUUUCUUUCUUUUUUUUUUCCUAAUAAAUUCAGUGUGCCAAAUGAAACUUUUUUCUAAGUAACAAUAAUAGGAAAAAGUUACGUUGUGGGUUUUUUCUUCUUCAUAAAUCUACAGACAUCAUACAAUUGUUCUGUUCUUUUCACUUUUCAUUUUUCUAUUACCUUGCUACCAAACAAUUUAGAAAGCAAUAUAAUAGCAACAACGCAAAUCUGGUAGAAUAGAGAAGGUUUGAAGGUUUGAGUUACUCUGUCAUAUAACAUGUAGAUCAGUCCUCAUGUGACCUGCAGUAUUUUUUUCUAAUAUCUUUGUCAAAAAUCUGCUGUAGACUGUUAACUUAUUUCUGAUGGAAUUUAUUUUCUGCUAGAAUUAUUCUAAUAUUGCUGUAAAACUGAUUCCAGUGUGAGAGAAGGGAAAUACUCGGAGCUAAGACAUUUCUAAUUUAUUGCUUAUUACUUUCUUACUGUUUACAGGAUAAUGAUAAGCCAGUGAAAAUACCAUCUUUUAUUCCUAAUAAUUAUUAAUCCCUUCAAUGAAACUUUAAAAAAAUACUGAAUUUUUAUACAUUGCAUACAUUUUAUAGGUUUCUUGUGCUCACUUUAUUAACUAAGAAGUUCUAGUCUGUCGAUCUGCCUUUUGUUCCCCAAAAAUGUACAGUAAUUCUGUUUCUUGUUUGUAUAAAUAUGCCUGGAUUUUUAUUAUAAAAAUGUCAUUGUAGGAAGUAGACUCAUGUCAUGGCCUUUUAAAUAUUGUAAUAAAGGCAAAUGGAUAUUUGCCCUUAGUUUACUGG